AUGCCGUCUGUUUCAGCCCUGUCGGCCUAUACGUUUACAAACUUAGGACCACUCACCACUACUUUCACGCCACCUGCCUCUUGCCAAAGUGUUGACCCCUUGAAUGUCUUUAUUGCCCAGUCCAGCCUUCCAAAUGUCUGGUUAUAUGAAGGCAGCUGUGGCAUCAACUCCGAUUAUUGGAGUUGCAACCCCACCGGCACGAUCACCGAUUUACCGUCCGUCACUUCGUAUGAUAAUCACCCGAGCAAUGUAUAUCAGCGGUAUUACUACUCUCCGGGUCUAUACUGCCCGUCGGGAUGGCACGAAGUCGGGGUUGCUUCGCGCGACGGAACCAAGCCGGUUAACUGGACGGGGAUCUUUGGUCCCGCCACACCCCUUCCGACAACCGACGCCUUUUUCGGGUUUAACUCGCCCGCAAAUGUGCUGAUGCAGUUACUAGACCCAAGCGAAACAGCGGUCAUGUGCUGUCCUAGCUCUAUGACUGCACAAGAGCCAAUGGGCUGUUAUUCUACACUCAGUGACUAUAAGUUUUCGACAGGCUGUAACCGCGGCUUGCCGAUCGCGGAUGUCUCGGCAGACAUGAGUACUGAGAUCUGGUUCUACGGUAUCACGGUCGAAGGAGAGCUACAAACCUUCGUGUCAGACCUUCCCAUUACGCAAACUUCACAUUACAGUAUCGCACCAAGCGAAACAUCUGCCCUUAUUGCCGUGACAUCAGGCUAUCCCAUUACGCUCGUGCAUCAACCCACGGAUCUAGGCACGACUAAUGCGGCAGCAAGACUCAAUUCACGAUCAUCAACGUGGGACGGACUUGUUGGCGUUCUUGGGGUGACUAUAUCAGCAAUGGUCUUGGGAGCAGCGAUUAUUUUGCCGUGGUAG